AUGUUCCACCAUGUCCACGCUCUCCGCUUAACUUCCUGCAAAUUCCUUUGCAGUCACAUUCAUGUCCAACAUAAAAUCUUCUUUCUCUCCGCCGCCGCCGCAUCACCCCAAUGGCAGCGGACCACCGAUAUCCUCCUCCUCCUCUGUGACGCCGCUCAAACCCUUUCCCAAACCCAACAAAUCCACGCACAGGCCAUCCUUCACGGCCAUCUCCCCCGUAGCGUUUCCAUUUCCUCAGCACUCAUCCUCUCUUACGCCAACUUAUAUUCCCACCCCUCCACCCUUUACGCUCUCUUCUCUCAGACCCUCCCCUUUUCUCGCUCCGCUUUCCUCCACAACACUCUCAUCAGGGCAUACACUGUUCUAGCCAGUGGGUCCCAGAAAAGCUACAUAGAUGCUGCUCCAGGGUUUCUGAUAUACAACGACUUGUUCAGGAACACUGGUUUCCCGCUAGAUGAUCACACAUUUUCUUUUGUACUGAAGCUUUGUGCGGAUUUUUUAGAAAGAGCAAAAGGGUUAGAAGUACACGGGAUGUUGAUCAAGACUAGGUUUAAUGAUAAUGUGUUUGUGAAUAACACCCUUCUUCUAUUUUAUGGGAAUUGUAGGGAUUUGGGCAGUGUUGAGAACCUGUUCAACGAAAUGCCUAAAAGAGACUUGAUCGCAUUGAGUACUGUUAUUCGGGUAUUUUCAGAUAACGGGUGUUGGUUGGAAACUGUUAGGUUGUUCAAGGACAUGGUUUUGGUGUCCAGGUUUAGGCCUGAUGCGGUCACUGUUGUGAGUGUGUUGCCUGUAUGUGCGGGGCUCGAGGAUGUAAAUUUAGUUAGUUCGGUUCAUUGUUACGUCUUCAAGGUUGGUUUGGAUGGUGAAGUGAGGAUGGGCAAUGCGAUGGUCGAUGCUUAUGGGAAGUGUGGGAAUGUUGAGGCUUUAAAUGGGGUGUUUAAUGAAAUGACUGGAGAGUCAGUUGGAUCUACUCACAGCAGUGUUGAUACUCACUCAGCCUAUCUGGCAUCUUCGACUUUAUUGGAAGAUCUAGCUUGGUUACAGCUGAUGUUCAUCACUCAGCAUCCCAGUCACCUUUGGCCCAUGUUGAUAGUUAUGAUAACAUACAAAAUAUUGGGAGAGACACUAUACAGUGCGAAGGAGUGGAAGAAAUGGAUGAUGUUGGAUCUACUGAAAGAGAAGCUAAAGGAAGAACAGAAACAACAGUUAAUACUGAAGUGA